AUGCCGCAGCCACAGGCAGGAUUGACCGAGAACGUGAAGCGGGUGAUUGUACAGCCGACCUGGGAAAAUGUGGUCGCCAGUUCGUACCAAAUCAAGGGAAUCAUAUACUUCCUCGGCCACCCAUUCCUAUACCCCCUCGCGCGCCGGCGCCUCCUUCCAGCAGUCCUACUGAGCGUAUUCGUCCUCGCAAACCUCUUCGUCUGGGCAUACCUGCCACAAGUCGCGUUCCUUGCCCUCUUCCAGAAGAAAGGAAGCGCGUGGGUAAAUGGAACGUUCUUGGUCCUGGGAGAAUCAGCAGCCGUCACGGCGUUGCUGUUUGAGGCAUGGCUCGUGGAUGAGGUCCAGGUGGACAUCUUUGACGCAGUACUCGUCCACAAAGGUUAUGACGACCUGGUCCGUCAGUUCCGUCCAGUUUCAGACGACUCUUUGAACAAUCCUGUGCAACGACUCGGCAAGCCGACCAAGUCUUCCGUAUACGCGCCAUUCUCGUUCCGGCAGAUUGCAGAGUUUGUGAUUCUGCUGCCGCUCAACUUCGUGCCGUACAUUGGCGUGCCGAUAUUCCUGUUACUUACCGGAUACCGCGCCGGACCCCUGCAACAUUGGAGAUACUUCAAGUUGCUCGACUUCAACAAGAAACAGCGAAACGCCUUUGCAAGACGUCGAGUGUGGCAGUACACCUGGUAUGGCACCGUCUACCUUUUCUUACAGCUCGUGCCACCGCUUAGCAUGUUCUUCCUGUUGACUGCACCUGUCAGCUCUGCGCUCUGGGCUGCUGAUUUGGAAGCCCGGCGGCGACAACAAGAAACAGAUGUAGUGCAAGCUCCUGCAUACACAGAUCAGCCACCGGAUGACCAAGCAUAGACAAGUGUAUAUCAGUAGGGUCGCUUUGUAGGCACCAAAUGACGAUUAAUAGCCACGUGUGACUCUUUCGCCUCCGGGCUAUAUUCGUGCACUGUGCGAGACCUCGGGCUGCUGAGUGAUGUUUGUUGCGGCGAAUUAGCGCCACCGUUCCUAGCCGCAAAGCUCCAUGUCAGUGCUCCUAGCCGGGAAUUGGGCGAGAAAAGUAGCGCUUGCACCUCAAAGCUCAACAACCCCAUCACCAAUCCACUCGCGCCCAUUGCAACCGCCCCAUCCUCCAGCCGUACUGCUCGCGGCUUUUCCUAACCUUGGGCUUCAGAUCUUCCCCCGCCAUCAUGUUCCGUGCAGUCGCUUCUCGCGCCGU